AAGGCUGUAGGGGAAAGCGGGUUCAGAGAGGCAAAGAGACGUUGGGAUCUGCGGCUAUGGGAAUCAAAGUAUACAGCACCACCGUCACCGCUUCCAGGGAGGUGAAGUCCCAGCAGGCAGAGGUGAUGCGCAUUCUGGAGAGCAAGAGCAUCCAGUUUGAGCUGAUUGACAUCUCUGUGGGUGGAGACGUGAGGGAGGAGAUGAGGAGCAAGGCGGGGAACCCCACAGCCUUACCCCCCCAGAUCUUCAAUGACGACCAGUACUGUGGGGACUAUGCCAUGUUUUUGGUGGCAGUGGAAACUGACAGAGUGGAGCAGUUCCUCAAGAUGGCCUGAGGACCCUGUGUGGUUGCUCCACCCUGCCCUCUUCAGCUCCACCGGCAUGGCCGACUUCCCACAAUCUCAGAGUCACUAAGAAUGCCAAAAACAACCAGCCAAUCAGUAAACACAUUGUUACAGACCAUACUAUCAGAUAUGGUCUGGCAAAUCAUUUGUUGUUUUCUACAAGUUCUUUUUUUAGUUUUUCUCCCGCUCAAGUCCUUUGCUCACUGGUCUGUGAAUGUCACCUAAUCUAUCUUAAUCUCAGUGGGAUCAAUAAAACACCUGGUAGUCCUGCCGUUUAGGUAAACUAAUCUGGGUUGUGGCCGUAUGUUCACUAAUGCGUAAAGUAAUCCAUGGUUUAACAUUUGCCGGCAAUCCUCUUUUUUUGCUGAAACUGACAGAGAAACAGUCACUAACACAAAAACCACAAUCAUUACUAGUCAUGAUCAGAUUGCACUAUUAA